AUGACAACAGGCAUCCGACAAACUGUCACUCGAAAUAAAGUAAAGCGUCAGAAGCGAUUGAUGCAAGAUACACUUGCAAAUCUGUAUUCUAAAUACCAAUCUGAGAGUAACCAAGUCAUCAGCUUCACUACAUUUUACAGACUCAAACCAUUUUGGGUCAAAUAUCCUACAGAACAAGACAGACAAACCUGCUUGUGUAAAACAUGCGAAAAUCUUGGAUUUAUGAUCAAAGAACUGUAUAAAAAUGAUGUCAUUACCACUACUUGCAUGGAUGCCAUAGUGGAGCAUGUUGUUUGUUCCACACAAGACAUUGACUGCAUGUAUGGGAAGUGUGAAACAUGUAAGGAGAAACGAAUUAUAACAAAGCCCUUUGAUCAAAACCUUGUGGUAACUUAUAGUGAGUGGGUAACAGAGAAAGAGACAAGAAAACUUCAGAAGAGUGGAGAAAUGAAAGAUGUAACAGUUACGACAAAGAAAGAAACAGAAACAUUUUUAGGAUUCUUACUGGAUCGUGUCCAUGAUGAACUAUGGCUGAAGUAUAGAAGACAUUCCUACAAUAUCAAAAACCAAUUCCGCCAUUACAAGAAAGUCAGAAAAACUCUUAAAUCAACUAAAUGCUUUAUUCAUAUUGACUUUGCAGAAAAUUUUGUGGGAAAACUUUCAAGUGAAAUACAAAGUAAACAUUUCGGGGCUUCAAAGACACAGAUAUCGCUCCACACUGGAUACUUUAUAACAGGCUCCAUGGAAGCAAUACAGUCAUUUUGUGGUGUAUCAGAUAUCCUGCAGCAUGACCCAAUCACUGUAUGGACAACUGAUAACAGAGAAUCCUGGAAUGGUGAAACACAGAGAGACAAGCUGUUCAAUCCUAAAUUAACAGAAAAUAUAGUAUUACAUUAUUUCAAAUAUUAA